GGGAAGGAAACACGCGCCCGUUCGUCUUUUACGAAGAAACAUUUUUAUUUUUUACUGUUUGUGAUGAAAAUUCUAGUUUGUGGCCAGUGAACAAAUAACUAUGUCGACACUUCUGAAAAACGUUACCAAUUGCAUUUGGCAUGCUUUCGACUCGCUGCAGAAUAAUGCUGUUGUACACAAAUCCAAGUUAAAGGUUCUGACAGCAAAUCUGGGCACUCUGUUGGACCUGUACGGCGUAGAGAAGGGCUUGGACCACUUCAGGUCUUCGCAGGAGUUGACCUUCGACGAGUUCCGCUACUACCUUCAACACGAGGUGUUCAGCUCUCUACCUAAGGCUGUGACGCUGCACAUAAUCAGAGACUAUGAGAAAAAAAUAAAUGAGGUUUGCUGGUUGGUGUGCCGGAAGAACUUGGUUUCCCGGGACAAGCCAAUAUUCAGCGACGACUCUGUCUUCAAGCUGUUCAGGAUCUUCUGCCUCCUAGCAGACCUGGUGCAAGAUGCUGACGACUCGAAGCAUUAUGUGGUGGUCUUACAGCCAUCAGAAGCUGGUAUAGUAGCCGAGCAGCUGGUCCACUGCUUAGGCCUCCGAUGGGACGCAGCUGAUUGGGAGGCGCUGGGUUCCUCGAUAGGACACUUCAAAUGGGCUGCCUUCUUGGCUGUCCUCGAAGCCAAGUAUUGCUGCGACCAGCAAAUCCACUCCAAGGCACUAGUGGAAGCGGUCGAUGAAGUCUACGAUGUUUUCAUUGAAGAUAUAAUUAAAAAAGGUUAUCUUUACAAAAGAGGCUAUCUCCUGCCUACGAUGCGCGAGUACUGGUGCGUUCUUCAGCCUUGCGCGCUGACCUACUACAAGAGCUCGUCGCAGCGGGAGCAGUGCGGCCGGAUUGCCAUCGACGAGUACUGCUCCGUGGAAGCGGCCGCGGGGGAGGGUAAACUGCAGCGGUUCCAGCUCAUCACGCCCGAUAGAACCUUCGAGUUCGGCUCUCAGGAUCAUAAGAGUAGACUACAGUGGAUAUCGGCGCUACGCCAAGCGGCGUUAGUAUCAGGUGGAGCAGAAGGUUACCAACGUCGAGCACGCGCGGGGCGACGCGGGGCGGGCGCGAGAAGAGAGCGAGAGGCACGCGAGACCAAAGCGAGACUGCAGCAUGAAGUACGCGCCAGGCUAGCGGCUGAGGCGCAAGCGCAGGAACUAGCAGAAAUGGCUGAACAGGAUAAUAAAAAGCUAGAAGAACUUAAACAUACGCAAGUUGAAUUAGAAAAACUACUACAAGAGGAAACUCAAGCUAAACGAGAUGAGGAAAUUGUUAGAGCUCUACAAGCAAGAGUAUUAGCUGAGGAAUGGGAAAGGCGGGAAGAACUUGAAAGACUGCAGGAAGAACAAAACAGAAUGCUGGAAGAGGAACGAUUGAAAAGAAAGCAGUUCGAAAUAUUACAAGCUGAAAAAGAAGCACAAUUCAGAGAAGCCGAAAAACGCCUUAAAGAACUUGAACGAGAAAAACAACGACUAGAUGAAGAGCUGAGAGCUGCGCAAGAGAAAAUCACCAAAACGGAAGUGACGGCACAAGCCUUACAUGUGCAGCUAAGGGACAUGGCCCCUGGUCUGAGGAAUGGCGAAAGAGCGAGACGUGCCAUCUCUUUCGUUCCCACUACGAAGAGUUCAUCAGACACCCUCAUCGAUGUUAGAGCGAUCAGACACCUCAAGGUUUUAGACGAUGACGGAAAGUUAUGAA